UCUCCACGCUGUGCACAAAGGCUGCUGGCGAGGGAACUGCCGAGCGAGAACUCAGCACUGAGAGGCGUAAUAAACAAUCCCCAGCUAGCCCGAGAGGACGCACAGUCGAAGUAGCUCACCGGCCGAAACGCUUUCUGCGCUGCCCACUGCCUGCACUGGGAGAUGGAGGAGCCCACGCCUGAACAGCAAAAGACUUCCACCAACGACAAAGGAUGCCAGACCGACGAGAUCUGCAACGGCAGCCCAGAACCAACUGGACCCGACUCCGGCUCGACCCACCCACCUGAGUGUUGUGUGGAGCCUGGAGACCCCCCUCUGCUGCAGAAACAGAUUCAAACCUCCAGGUCUGGUAUCCAGCAGAUUAUUGAGUGUUUCCGAUCAGGCACCACGCAGCUCCGACACAUCCUGCUGAAGGAGGUGGACACCAUCUUUGAGUGCAAGCUGUGCCGCAGCCUCUUCCGCGGCCUCCCCAACCUCAUCACACACAAGGAGUUCUACUGUUUCCCCCGGGACCCCCAACCUGAUGGCUCGUCGAGAGAGGCCAGACAGAGCACCGCCAUGAAGGAGCUGAUCGAGGCCAUCUACCCGCGGAAGGACGAGUACGUGGUGCGGCUGGAGCCCAUCGGCACCAACCAGAACGCCGUCUUCCAGCACGUGGCCCACGAAGACAGAGCCGCGAGCCAGGCCGCCGCGGCCGAGGAGAAGCGCAAGGAGAAGGACAAGGACAAGGAGAAAGAGCCGGAACAGAAGCACGCAGCGGCCCUGCUGGACGGAGCAGACCCGGAUGUGCCGGAGAGCGAGGCGGAAAACCAGGAGGAGACGGAGGAGGAGGAGGAGGAGGAGGAGGAACUGCAAGGGAUGGAGGAAGAGGAGGAGGAGGAGGAAGAGGAUGGGGACGAGGGCACGGAGGACGAAGGCGAGCCGCGGGACAGCCCCGGGAAGGGCUCGGACGUGGACGUGGACGUGAGCGACAGCUCGGACCCCGUGCUGCAGGGCGUGACCAUCACCUGCUGCAUGUGCGGCAAGGACUUCUACUCGCGCCAGAGCAUCCGCCGCCACUGCCGCAAGAUGCACCAGAACCGGCUGGAGGAGCUGCGCAAGUUCACCGAGAUGCGCACGGUGCCCAUCAGCCUGCUGUCCAUGGUCAAGGUGCCCACGGGCGCCUCGCCCGUCAAGACGGCCUUCGGCAAGAGCUGCCCCGUCUGCUGCAAGUCCUUCGCCACCAAGGCCAACGUGCGCCGGCACUUCGACGAGGUGCACCGCGGGCUGCGCCGCGACCUCAUCACGCCCGACAUCGCCACCAAGCCCGGCGAGCCGCUCUCGCUGGAGAGCAAGCCGAGCCCGACGGCGUCGGCGACGGCGACGACGGCGGCGAAUCCGCCGCAGUACAACCUGGCGUCCGGCAAGUGCCUGGUGUGCAAGCGCAAGUACAGCAGCCAGGCGCGGCUCAAGAGGCACCUGCGCAUCGUGCACAAGAUCCGGCCCAAGAUGGCCGCCGCGUCCGCCAACUCCGCUCAGGCGGCCUCGUCGUCGUCGUCGUCCUCGGGGAAGAAGGCCGUCAAGCGCUCGGCCUCGCCGCCGCCUCAGGCCGAAGUCCAGCGGCGCGGCCGGCCGAAGAAGUACAAGCGUGAGGAGCCGUACCGGCCGCGCAAGCACCAGGAGGAGGGCAGCGACGAGGCGGGCGACGCCAGUCCCACCGUGCGGCGGCCGAAACUGGCGCUGGGCUUCGACUUCAAGCUGCUCUACUGCAAGCUGUGCAAGCGGCAGUUCAGCUCGCGGCAGAACCUGGACAAGCACAUCGAGCUGCACACGGACAACGACAACGAGAUCUUCAUCAAGUUCUACCGCUGCCCGCUCUGCAGCUACGAGACGCGGCGCAAGCGCGACGUGCUGCGCCACAUCACCGUGGUGCACAAGAAGCCCGGCGCCUACCUGUCCAAGAUCAUGGCCACCAUCGAGAGCCGCGCCGUCAAGAAGCCCGCCGAGCUGGUGCUGAGGAACAGCGGCGCCGUCAAGCGCACGCAGCCGUCCGCCACCGCCGCCGUCAAGGAGGAGAUGAACGGCCGGCACGAGCCGUCCACCGCCGCGUCCACUCCCCAGAGCUCGCGCAAGCACGCGGACGCCACGGCGCCGUCCACCCCGGUCACGCGCCGCCACGACCUCCCCCCGCCGACCCCGCCCGUCACCCGGAAGCACAGCCUGUUCCACUCCAGCCCGCCGGUCACCAGGAAGUCCGACCAGCACCAGCACCACCACCACUCGGCGACCACGCCGCACACGCGCAAGCAGGAGACCCCGCAGUCGCUGACGUCGGCCAAGCAGGAGCCGGCCGAGUCGCCGCACGGCAGCGGCGGCAGCGGCAGCAGCAGCACCGAGGUCAAGGUCACCAAGAACUUCUCCCUGCACGCCUGCGACAUGUGCGGCCGCGCCUUCGCCAAGAAGCUCUACCUGGAGACGCACAAGCGCAGCCACCGGAACGCAGCGGCCGCCGCCGCCUCCACCAACGACGACCACCGCACUCUAGGGGUCAGCACGAGGUCAAAGGCCCUGCUCUGAUCUUUCCUGAGGACACAUCUCAUGAUCUCACACUGGAUCCCUCGACGUCACGCCAGAAGCGAAGAGAGAGGGGAGAUUUGAAACCGCUGCCAGCUUUUGGACGUGACAACGGCUGGCGCCACUGUAUUGUAAAUAGUAACCAAAACGGAAAAAAAGGUUCACGAAGGAGGAGGCAUGGUGAUGUUUGUGUACAAAGGGACCGGUUUCUAGCUUUCCCGUAUCUCAGAGGACGUCCAUAGCCCCCUCUCUUUUUGGUUUGUUCGUUUUUAUUUUGUUGGUUUGUUUGUUUGUUUGUUGACGUUUUUCCAGGAACUCUAAUCUCAAUAUCUGCCUACUCAGUUGAAUGUUUGUGAAUUGUAUGAACAGGCAAUGAUUAACAUUUAUUCUUGCAGACUACCAGCCUAAGCCACCCCCCAACCACACCCACCCCACCCCACCCCCCUUCCACGCCCAAUCCUCCCCCCUCAGCGUAAUAGGACUCUGUGAGUCAGCAAAGGCUGUGCUUUCUUUCGUUUGUUCGUUUGUCUGUGUGUUUUAUAAUGUCUAGGACCACAGUCACUCUUCUUUGUUUAAAAUGAACUUUAUUAAAACUCAUUCCACAAUCAGCCCGCCAGAUCGGAACCCCUCGACCCCGGUGCCUCCGCUACUCUCCCCUUUACACUUGCAGCCCGGGUAUCAAUAGGGCUGUUCAGUUGCACCGCACUGUUUCCUCCACUCGGGGGCAGCAGAGUUCAAGUCAAGUGCACCACGGAGGCACCACAGGAUGGGGUUGUCGGUCUGGGCACCGUUGGCUGUUAUUUUCCCUCAUUUCCUUUACCUUUUGCUCAGAUGUGAGCAUGCUCAAGUACCAAAACAAGUCCUGUUUUAGAGGAUCGACCAGAAGCAAAUCUCUACUUUCUUGAACUUUAAAAAAAAAAGAGGAAAAAAAACAUGUCCUGACUACUUCCAGAUGGAAAGGUUUUGUUUGUUUGUUUGUUUGUUUGUUUGUUUUUUAUAGAACCUCUUAAGUUGCCAUCAGCUGAAGUCAUGCCGCUUAGUUGUUAGCCGUGAAGGGGGCAAUUGAACAAAAAGGUCAUGCAAAUAUAUGAUUUGACUUGUGUGUAGUCAGAAAACUAACACAUGCAUAGGUUCUACCAACAAAGUCACCAUUUAGACUAAAGCGUUCAGUGUUGGAGAAUAUUCUAGUUUGGUUAUAUUACUGACAGGAGGUCAUUAUUUUUACUCAAUAAUAAGCCAAUCAUUCAAAAGCUGAAGUAAUUAGAAUCAUUAAGUUUAUGUAGUCUUCCUGGGCUGUUUUGCCUCCGACACCCCCUGCAGCAGGUAGGCUUCAUGGUUCAUUGCUGAAAUGAAUGUAUUGCUAGCUGAAUCCACACCCGCUUUACCUAAUAAACCAAGCA